GUACAGUGGCCUACUUCGCAAGGGGAAAACCAUGCUGGAUCUGCACGACCUGUCUUCGGGUGCUGCGUGGCUGGCUACCCGGUGGUGGCUAUCAGAAAUACUACCUCUGGUCCAGCGGGACAGUGGCGGUACCAAAGCCCCUCCGUACAUCAUCGUCACGGGCAUUGGCAGGUCUCGCCCAUCCUGGCAAACUUCAAACAUUCAAAGCUUUGUCAUGGAGAUGUUGCGAAACGAAGGCAUUCCUGUGUGGGUCCAGGAAGCAAACCGUGGCCGACUUCAGCUGGAUCUGUCGGA